GGAAAGUGAGGAAUAAAAAGAGGACCGUUCUGUGCACAUUCUAGUGCAAACACACUCGAGAGACAUUCUUGUGAAUGACGCAGCUUUAGAGAAAUGGCUUUCAGGACUCAGCAAGCAAGUGUCUGCCCGCUUCUCCUAAUCUCAUUCUGCUUAUACUUCAUCACAGAUAACAGGGCCGCUGCAAUAUCCAUUCGAGAAAAAUGUGAGUGUGCUGAGGAAACUGGCUCAGUGCAAUGGAGAAAAAUUACAGACUACACGAUCAUACAGAAAGAUCCUCUUUGCAACAAGGUUCAAAUCAUACUCCAGCUGUCAGGUAAACGAGCUUGUCUAAAUCCAGAGUCCAAGCAGGGGAAAAAACUACAAAGAUGCUGGAGAAGGAUUAAAUUCAGCACACAGAAGAAGAAGGUCUGUCUGAAGCUCAAGAAGAAGAAUGGACCAAAAAAGCCCAAGAGGCAUUAAUCAAUCUUUACCUUUUCUGUGUAGAAAGACUAUGUGCAUGUACUUUGUCAUUUACCCUGCCAGUCCUUUAUUUGCACAAAUAAAUUAUAUAUGUAUUAUGUAGAUGGAAUGUGUGUAUAUAUAUAUUUUGUACUGCUAUUUUCUAAUAAAAACUUAUA